GCGAUGGGAUAUUUGUCAGCUUGAAGGACGCUGAUCUUCAAGGUUUUGAAGAACUGCAGUUUCUAAAACAGAGAGAUUUUAUACUAAAGUCUAAAGCGCUGGCUUCUCUUGGAAGUGAGGUCUGGCGAUUCCAGUUUGGAAAUCUUUCCUGGAGCCCCAGGGUUGGAGUGGCGGCUCCUAUACCACUCCUCGACUGUGCAUCCCUUGGGGCGUUCUUCUCCUUCCUGUGUCUGCAGGCCAGAAUGCCACCUGUUUCUAUACUGGUUCUUUUCACCAGCGGGUGUGAUCUGUUCUCCCAGUCAUGUUUGCACAAGUCUGCUCGUUCAGCCACUCCCCCGUAUCCGCGCCUGAAUGAACACCCGGCCCAUCGUUCUCCAGGGUCAGUGGCCCGCCAUAUGCCAGUGCCUUUUCGCUUUGGUGAGACAAGCACCUCGCCAAGCGAAGACUGUAUCUCUCCAAUGCCACACUGGAUGGGACCUAUAGUCCACAUAUUCAAGAUACCACGCGUGAUAUUCGAUCUUAUUAAUGAGACGUCACACAUGUCACUUGUGACUUCCACCCCUGAGACCAUCAUUUUUAGAACUAAAAGAGUCGUGUGGGAAAAUAUUCUCACCGCUGGUGAAAAAAAAAAAUCACGUUUUCACAGAGUUUGCAAACAGGGAAAUAUUUGUGGGUUUGUCUCAUAUGUUUUGCUUUUUUUGGCAAAAGCAAAAGGCAGUUUUCUUUGCAACGAAAGCGGCCCUUUCGUUUUCGCCAAUGCUUCACAUCCAUUUUUGCCAAGCAAAAAGCUGUUUUCCCAGGAGAAAACAGCUCAAGCUGAAAUAAAAGGGAAGCCCUAUUUGUGAAAAUUUUUUUUCCCUUUUUGAAGACAAAAAUCACUUCACUCGAUGCAAAUGUCACCUGGGGGACUUCACAGGAAGGAAGGUAAUGGGAGGGCGGCUGGCGAUGACACAAUGAUAUGACUGUAGCUAGGAAAUAGAAAAAUAAGUUCAAGGUCACAUGGGAGGCAGAUUUUAAAUUAUGCCCAGAAUUAACACACACACACACACACACACACAC